UCGAAGGUGCGAGAAAACGAGUCAACACCUCUCUCUCCCCCCGCCUAUAAGAACAUUGCCGAUGCUCAGACCGAAUAUCCAUCUCAGAUUCACAAAUCGACGAAAACCCUUUUCAAGAUUCAGGAAAAUCCACGGAAAACGCUUUCUUAGUUUCUUCCUCUCCGGCGAGUCGUUUGCGUAAUGUUGGCGGUGGUGAUCGUUGCGGAGUUACUGAGCGAGUACACGGCGGCACUCGCCAAAAUCGCCGCCGGACUUCUUCCCCGGCAUCCCGACCGCCGGGAUUUUGUCCGAAUCGGUGGUCUCUCUCUGCCUUGUCCUUCUCCAUCGAGAUCUGGGUCGUCGCCCAUUCCCGAUUUCUCCUCUCAUCUCGUCGAUUUCUGAUUCGUCAUUGACUUUUUUGUCUUCUUGAUUCUCUUUCUCUUGUUGUUUCUCAUCGAGGAAGAUGGUCGAGAUUUUUCCCAGUGUCUCUCCAUCUUCUUCAGGUUCUUCUGUACCGUAACAUACUAUCUGUAAAUAUAUGCAUAUGGAGUUGUAAUGAGAUGAUGAAGUUUUGUCUUCUAA